CCACCCACCUGCCUGUUUCACCAGCUCCUCCCUGGCCUCCUGUUUCUGACCUGGCUGCACGCAUGCCUGGCCCACCAUGACCCCUCCCUCAGGGGGCACCCCCACAGUCACGGUACCCCACGCUGCUACUCGGCUGAGGAACUGCCGCUUGGCCAGGCCCCACCACACCUGCUGGCUCGAGGUGCCAAGUGGGGACAGGCUUUGCCUGUAGCCCUGGUGUCCAGCCUGGAGGCAGCAGGCCACAGGAGGAGGCAUGAGAGGCCCUCAGCUACGACCCAGUGCCCGGUGCUGCGGCCGGAGGAGGUGUUGGAGGCAGACACCCACCAGCGCUCCAUCUCGCCCUGGAGAUACCGCGUGGACACAGACGAGGACCGCUAUCCGCAGAAGCUGGCCUUCGCCGAGUGCCUGUGCAGAGGCUGUAUUGACGCGCGGACAGGCCGCGAGACAGCUGCCCUCAACUCCGUGCGGCUGCUCCAGAGCCUGCUGGUGCUGCGCCGCCGGCCCUGCUCCCGCGACGGCUCGGGGCUCCCCACGCCCGGGGCCUUCGCCUUCCACACCGAGUUCAUCCACGUGCCUGUCGGCUGCACCUGCGUGCUGCCCCGUUCAGUGUGACCGCCGAGGCGGUGGAGCCCCUAGACUGGACACACGUGCUCCCCAGAGGGCACCCCCUAUUUAUGUGUAUUUAUUGUUAUUUAUAUACCUCCCCCAACACUACCCUUGGGGUCUGGGCAUUCCCCGUGCCUGGAGGACAGCCCCCCACUAUUCUCCCCAUCUCUAGCCUCAGUAGUUGGGGGUAGAAGGAGCUCAGCAUCUCUUUCCGGCCCUUAAAGCCACAGAAAAGGUGUCACACGGCUGCCUGUACCUUGGCUGCCUGCCCUGCUCCUGGCUUCCCUCACCCUAUCACUGGCCUCAGGACCCCCAGGCUGCCUCUCCCCAACCUCCUUGGAAGUACCCCUGUUUCUUAAACAAGUAUUUAAGUAUACGUGUAUUAUUAAACUGAUGAACACA